CAAAAAACUAGGUUUUACUGUUCUAACUCCUCGUUGCAUCAAUUAUUAAUGUCUGAAUAGAAAAAAUCCAUUAUUAGAAUAUAAAUGGAAGCCUUCUUACUGGAGCUUGUUUUGUGUUUGCUUCUCUUCUUUACUAGAAGACCUUUGGCACUAAACACGAUUACUCCAGGACAAUCCAUAAAAGAUGGUGAAACUCUUGUGUCAGCUGGUGGAAGCUUUGAACUUGGAUUUUUCAGUCCCGGAAGUUCUAAGAGUAGAUAUCUAGGAAUUUGGUACAAGAAAGUAUCAACUGGGACUGUUGUAUGGGUAGCCAACAGGGAAGCUUCUAUUUCUGACACAUCGGGAGUUCUAAGUAUCAAUGACAGAGGGAUUCUUGCAAUUCUGAAUAGCACCCACCAAAGCACUGUUUGGUCUUCCAAUACAUCAGGAAAUGCUCAAGACCCGGUUGCACAACUCCUGGAGUCGGGAAAUUUUGUGGUCAAAGAUAGAAAUGAUAGUAAUCAGGAAAACCUCCUUUGGCAGAGCUUUGAUUAUCCUUCGGAUACAUUUCUACCAGGAAUGAAGAUUGGAAUAAACUUUGUCUCUGGUAUUGAUAGGUAUAUAUCAUCCUGGAAAAGCACAGAAGAUCCUGCACCAGGCCUAUAUUCUAUCAGGUUAGAUCCUCGGGGCUGGCCACAGUUUGUUAUUAAGAAGGGACCUGAAAUAUUGUUCAGAGCAGGAUCAUGGAAUGGUGUUUAUUUUACAGGAAAACCAGUGCUUAAGGCUAAUCCAGUUUAUUCAUAUGAAUUCGUUUACAACAAGAAUGAGGUCUAUUACAAAUAUGAGACUCGAAAUAGUUCGAUCUUUUCAAGGUACUUGUUGAAUCCAUCAGGUCUAGUACAACGAUCCAUAUGGAAUGAGAGAAAAAAUGACUGGGAGAUUUUCUCUACAGCACAAGCAGAUCAGUGCUCCAUUUAUGCCUUUUGUGGAGCAUAUGCUACUUGCAGCGCCAACAAGUCUCCUCCAUGUACAUGCUUGGAAGGUUUCGUACGCAGAUCAGCAUCUCACGGAGAUUCGAAUUCUGUUGAUUGGUCAGAUGGAUGUACUCGAAGGACUCCAUUGCUGUGUGAUGGUGGAGAUAGCUUUCUCAAGCAUACUGGAUUAAAAAUACCAGACACAUCGAAAUGUUGGGCAGACAUUAGAAUUAACCUCAAGGAAUGUGAGAAACUGUGUUUGAAAAAUUGCUCUUGCACUGCCUACGCAAAUUUAGAUAUCAGAGAGGGAGGCCGUGGCUGCUUGCUGUGGUUUGGAGACCUGAUUGACAUCUCAGACUUCGAUGAGGGUGGACAAGACCUUUAUAUCAGGCUGGCCACUUCAGAUCUAGAUCACAUUCAAAGCAAAGGAAAGCUAACGGAAAAGCAAAAGGCAGGAAUCAUAGCUAUCUCUGUCAUAAUAGCCACCGGAAUGAUGAUACUGGCAUUUUUGUUGUAUGUUCGGAAGAAAAAGCUUAGAAAAACAGGUGAACAGAAAAAGGAAGAUUUAGAGUUGCCUGUACUUGAUUUUGCAACCAUAGCCAUGGCAACAAAUAACUUCUCAAGCAACAACAAGCUGGGACAAGGUGGAUUUGGUCCUGUGUACAAGGGUACGUUGAUAGAGGGGCAAGAAAUAGCAGUAAAAAGACUUUCAAAGAAUUCGGGACAAGGAUUGGAAGAGUUCAAGAAUGAAGUAAACUUGAUUGCCAAGCUUCAGCACCGCAAUCUUGUAAAGCUCUUUGGUUGUUGCAUCAGGAGACAGGAAAGGAUGUUAAUCUAUGAGUACAUGCCUAACAAAAGUUUGGACUACUUUAUUUUCGAUCAAACUAGAAGCAAAUUACUAGGCUGGCAUAGCCACAUGCAUAUUGUUGAUGGAAUUGCUAGAGGGCUUCUUUAUCUUCACCAUGACUCUAGAAUGAGGAUCAUCCAUAGAGAUCUCAAAGCAAGCAAUAUUUUACUAGAUAAUAGCAUGAACCCAAAGAUUUCAGAUUUCGGCUUGGCUAGGAUAUUUGGAGUAGAUCAGACUGAGGCCAAUACUAAAAGAGUGGUUGGAACAUACGGUUAUAUGUCACCUGAGUAUGCCAUGGAUGGGCUUUUCUCAAUGAAAUCAGAUGUCUUCAGCUUUGGAGUUUUGGUUUUGGAAAUAGUAACAGGAAAGAGAAACUGGGGAUUUUCCCACCCGGAACGUGACCAUAAUCUUCUCGGACAUGCAUGGAGAUUGUGGGUGGAAGAGAGGCCAUUAGAGCUAAUUGACAAUGCAUUAGGCAACACUUACACUGUAGCUGAAGCGUUAAGAUGCAUCAAUGUAGCUCUCUUAUGUGUGCAACGACGCCCAGAAGACAGACCAAACAUGUCAUUAGUGCUGCUUAUGUUGUGCGGUGAGAGUACAUUGCCUCAACCAAAGCAGCCUGGCUUUUUCAUUGAAAGGAAUCUGCCUUUGGAUGACUCUAUAUCAGCCAAGAAUGAAUCAUACUCAAUACAUGGAUAUAAUAUUACGUCGUUACAGCCACGCUAGAACCGUCACACAUACCAUAAAAAUCUAAGAGGAUUGAUUUCUACGGGUUAAGCACUUCAAAAUUAUAAUUAUUCUAGUUCCUCCUCACUGGUAUGUUGAUACUAUAAGGUUUAAACAAUAUGCUGCUCCUUGAGGUUUUAAGUUAUUUGGCAUUUUAUAUUCUAUCGCUUAAACCAAGAUUAUACUGAACUGAUACAUUUCAUGAAAGUCAUGAGCUAAGAAGUGUAUAAAGGAACUUCUCUAAUUGCUGUAAGAAUAUAUAAAAGUUCACAUCAUGAAUGUUUCAAAGUUCAUUUAAUAGAUUGUCAAAAAACAAAAAACUUGAAUUCAUUGAAAAUGGUAAGGCUUGUGAAGUUUGCGGCUAAUUAUUCCACCUUGGGCAACAUCAACUGGAUUUUUACACAUUCACACUUCUGAUUGUUUUAUUUGAGGAAAUCACUAAUUAGCUGCAUCAAUGGGACUCGUCUAGUAUAUAUAUUGUAACGUUCCAAUCCCAUGGUAUUUUGAGGAUCCACUAUAAUCGAUAUAUCUAGAGACUUAAAUACAUAGUAGUGAGAUAUCUUUUGAAAUUUUUGGGUUAAUAACACCUCAGAAGUUGUUAUGAAUCUCUACAUAU